GACAUCCCUGCUACUGGCUCUUACAUCUGAGGGGAAGCAUCAGACAGACAGAUAAGUCAAUCCACUGAGGUGGAAUCAGGGAGAAAAUCAUAGCACUGGAUAGUGCAGGAUAGGAUAUCAUUGAAGGACCUCCACGGCAACCUGCAAUGAGACAGAGAAGCGAUUCAGAUCACCACAUUUAAAGAGCUACACUGAAGCAGCAUCAAACCUGAGAGAGGAUUUCAGAUCAGACACUGGAGUAAAGACACCAACACCCAACCAGUGAAGUGGACAACAGAAUAACUGUGCUCCCUCUACAGAAUAAGCAUUGGUUCAGAGUGCUAGAACCUCGGGCUAAAACACACUGGACUAAACUGAAAACCAGAGGUUGAUCUACUACUGAGCUAAACUACUGUUGAGAGCUGAGCAUGCCAGAGGAGGGUAUGGAGGACAACAAGAGGGGAGAGGAGAGACCCAAGUGGAACAACAAGGCAGAGUACCUGCUGACCUGCAUUGGCUUUGCAGUGGGGCUGGGCAAUGUGUGGCGCUUCCCCUACCUCUGCCAGAUUUACGGAGGGGGUGCGUUUCUGAUCCCCUACCUGAUAGCCCUGGUGUUUCAGGGUCUGCCUCUGCUCUACUUGGAGCUGGCUAUAGGACAGAGGCUCCGCAUGGGCAGCAUCGGAGUCUGGAGCUCCAUAUCACCCUACCUGGGAGGAGUAGGUGUAGCCUCAAUGGUGGUGUCCUUCUGUGUGAGUCUGUUCUACAACACUAUCGUGGCCUGGGUCCUCUGGUACCUCUUCAACUCCUUCCAGGAACCCCUGCCCUGGAGCCAAUGUCCCCUCAACCACAACAACACAGGGUACGUGAAGGAGUGUGUAGAAAGCACGCCGGUCAACUACUUCUGGUACCGUCAGACCCUGAACAUCACUCCUAACAUGGAGACCAGUGGCUCUCUACAAUGGUGGCUGGUAGUCAGCUUAGCUACCGCCUGGUCUAUCGUUUACAUCUGUUUUAUCAGGGGCAUCGAGACCAUCGGCAAGGCUGUGUACGUCACAGCAACGUUCCCCUACCUGGUACUAACCAUCUUUCUGGUGAGAGCCCUGACCCUUCCUGGAUCAUCUGAAGGUCUAAUCUACCUGUUCACACCUGACUGGGAGAUCCUGAAGAACCCCCAGGUAUGGCUGGAUGCUGCUACUCAGAUCUUCUUCUCUCUGUCAGUGGCCUUUGGUGGACUCAUCUCAUUCUCCAGUUACAACAGCCAGAGGAAUAACUGUGAAAGGGAUGCUGUUUUAGUGGGGGUUAUAAACAGUGCUACAUCUAUCUAUGCCUCCAUCCCCAUCUUUGCCAUCCUGGGAUUCAAGGCCCACACCAACUAUGUCACCUGUCUGAAUGGUAACAUCUUAGCUCUGACCAAUGAGUUUGAUAUCAGCGACAUGAACAUAACGGUUGAAAACUACGAGCAGUGGUUUGACUCUUUAAAUGGGACACAUCCAUCUAGAGUAUCCGAUCUCAACCUGAAGACAUGCGACCUGCAAACCUUCUUGGAUCAGAGUGCAUCUGGUACUGGGUUAGCGUUCAUCGUGUUCACAGAAGCGGUGAUAUCGAUGCCUGGCUCUCAGGUGUGGGCUGUGCUCUUCUUCAUCAUGCUGUUCAGUCUGGGUCUGUCCUCCAUGUUUGGUAAUCUGGAGGGCGUCCUCACGCCCCUUCAUGACCUCAAACUGGUGCCCAAGUGGAUGCCCAAUGAGCUCUUCACAGCAUUGAUCUGCCUGGUAUCGUUCCUGGUGGCUCUGAUAUUCACUAUGGGAUCAGGGAACUACUGGUUGGAGGUCUUUAACAGUUACGUGGGCUCUGUACCUCUCCUCAUCAUCGCCUUCUUUGAGAUCAUCGCUGUGGCAUACAUCUACGGAAUAGGACGGUUCAGUGAUGACUUGGAGUUCAUGACAGGACAUAGACCCAACAUCUUUUGGAAAGGCUGCUGGUUGGUCAUCAGCCCUCUGAUGCUGUUGGUGGUGUUGGUGGCGUACGUUGCCGUCCAGGCCCAGACACAUCCCACCUACCCAGCAUGGAAUCCUGACUACGUGAACUUCCCCGACACAGAGGUUCUGCCGUAUCCAGACUGGGUGUUUGCCAUCUGUGUCCUGCUGUCUUCAGUACCAGUUAUCUCCAUCCCCCUGGUGGCCAUCUACAGACUCAUCUGCUGCAUGUCAGGAAGACACUCUAAAGGCAGUCUCCACAACGAUCCGAAUAUUUAUGCCAACGAAGGCUACGUUGUAGAGAGUUAGACCCUGAAGACACUCUAUUUCGAUCUAUCCUCAUCUGAGCAACACUGUAAAACAACGCUGAGGUGAAAUAAUUGCCUCACAUCAACUGACCUUGACAUUCCUUACACUCAUGAAUCAAAAGGGUGUUUAUUUGUUUUUAUUUCGUAAUAAUGAAGGACGGACGAUCGGUUGCACUCGAAUUAGACAGUGAUUUUUAGACAGUGAUUCUCCAGGAGUAGUUUUUUUGUUGUCUUUUGGGUGACACAAAGAGGAUUGAAGAGCUGAGAAUCGGUGAAUGUUUGGGUUUACCCAUUUUGACCAACUAAAAAUGGAUUUGUUGGUCAAAUUAUAGAUUUUUUUGUAUUUGUUUUCUCACAGAGAACAUAAAGAUUAGUGUAAACAGCAUAGAUCUUUCAGUGUGAAGAUAGUGUUUAUGUCAUUAUGUUUUCUACUGGAAAUGAAAUUACAUCUGUGAUAUCAAAUGUACUUCCUUAUUUCUUUCAUAGGACCUACCACUCCUAAACCAUAAACGUUAGAGAUAAUACAGCAAUUAGAUGGAGAAUUAACCUAGGCGUUGAAACCACAAUAUGACAGCAUGAAAAUAUACUUUUAGUUUUACUAAAGCACAAAACAUAAAUAACUUUGUAUUACAUAUUGGUAGUGUGCUAUAUUACUUAUAUAAAUAUAUACUUUAUUUCAGUCACACAUCACUGACACAUAGCCUAGUAGACCGAUCUGUUUGCACUUUAGCUAGCUAACUCCUCUGUCCUGUCCGUUGUCAUGGCACUUUAGCUAGCUAACUCUUCUGUCCUGUCUGUUGUCAUGGCACUUUAGCUAGCUAACUCCUCUGUCUGUUGUCAUGGCACUUUAGCUAGCUAACUCCUCUAUCCUGUCUGUUGUCAUGGCACUUUAGCUAGCUAACUCCUCUGUCUGUUGUCAUGGCACUUUAGCUAGCUAACUCUUCUGUCCUGUCUGUUGUCAUGGCACUUUAGCUAGCUAACUCAUCUGUCCUGUCUGUUGUCAUGGCACUUUAGCUAGCUAACUCCUCUGUCCUGUCCGUUGUCAUGGCACUUUAGCUAGCUAACUCUUCUGUCUGUUGUCAUGGCACUUUAGCUAGCUAACUCUUCUGUUAUGUCCGUUGUCAUGGCACUUUAGCUAGCUAACUCCUCUGUCCUGUCUGUUGUCAUGGCACUUUAGCUAGCUAACUCCUCUGUCCUGUCUGUUGUCAUGGCACUUUAGCUAGCUAACUCCUCUGUCCUGUCCGUUGUCAUGGCACUUUAACUGGCUAACUCCUCUGUCCGUUGUCAUGGCACUUUAGCUAGCUAACUCCUCUGUCCAUUGUCAUGGCACUUUAGCUAGCCAACUCCUCUAUCCUGUCUGUUGUCAUGGCACUUUAGCUAGCUAACUCCUCUAUCCUGUCUGUUGUCAUGGCACUUUAGCUAGCUAACUCUUCUGUCCUGUCCGUUGUCAUGGCAGUUUAGCUAGCUAACUCCUCUGUCAUGUCUGUUGUCAUGGCACUUUAGCUAGCUAACUCCUCUGUCUGUUGUCAUGGCACUUUAGCUAGCUAACUCCUCUGUCCUGUCCAUUGUCAUGGCACUUUAGCUAGCUAACUCCUCUGUCCUGUCCGUUGUCAUGGCACUUUAGCUAGCUAACUCCUCUGUCCUGUCCGUUGUCAUGGCACUUUAGCUAGCUAACUCCUCUGUCCUGUCCGUUGUCAUGGCACUUUAGCUAGCUAACUCCUCUAUCCUGUCUGUUGUCAUGGCACUUUAGCUAGCUAACUCCUCUGUCCUGUCCGUUGUCAUGGCACUUUAGCUAGCUAACUCCUCUGUCCUGUCCGUUGUCAUGGCACUUUAGCUAGCUAACUCCUCUGUCCUGUCCGUUGUCAUGACACUUUAGCUAGCUAACUCCUCUAUCCUGUCUGUUGUCAUGGCACUUUAGCUAGCUAACUCCUCUGUCCUGUCCGUUGUCAUGGAAAAUGCUAGAAAGAACGAAAUAUGACACACUUUGAUGUGAUGAAUCAACAGGACAAAGUCCAAAGAUAGAGAUGGGAGGAGGUUUUUGUCUUGUUGACUUCACAUUCAAUCUUUAUAGAUUUUUUACAUGGCAUGUUAAAGAGAGACUUUUAUGAUCCUUAUCGCUCUACUGUUUUAUAUCAAUUUAAUGAUGUUUUGCUCUCUCUCUUUCUCUCAUGAUCUUGUGAAAGAGAUGUGUUUUAAUCAGGUUGUUUGUGCCAAGUCAAGGAUAUGCCAAACCUCAGCCCGCAUCAUCACCGUAUCCCUAGUUAGACCAUAACCUGGGAUGGUCAAAUAAACCAACCACGACCACUCUACGAAUAUAAAUUACACCUGGUACUAUUUCCACUUGCUUUAAAAGUACAUUGGUAUCAAAAAUAAGGUAGAGCCAAAACAGAAUAUUAAAACAAAAUCCGAAAUGUCAAUAUAUAAACAGAUGCAACGAGGCUCCUUCCUACCUGUGCUGUUCUUUGCAGAAACUCUAAUACACUGCAGUGGUUAUUGGCCGUGGAGGAGGGGGCUGAGAUUCUCGACUAGGCCCCGGAUGGCCUUUAAGUCCUCAGGUGUUUUUGGGUGUGGCAGCCUGUCUGACUCGUGCUAGUCUGAAACCACCCAGCUAGUCUGAAACCACCCAGCUAGUCUGAAACCACGCUGCUUAUGAGAGCUAGAAUGAACUAUGGGGUUUUUGCUUUCUAAUAACAAAGUCAAGUUUAACCAUUAACCCCAAUUUGUGUGCUAAACGAAUAAUAAACAUUAACUUUGCUCUCACAUCAA